AUGGAAGGUGUAGGAGGACAGUAUGGAUUCGACCCGAUUUUUCAGGAGGAUUCGAAGGAAGAGGAGAAGUUAGCGAAAAUUGCUAAAAAUCAUAUCACUGAAGAGCCGAUUUUUGAAGUGACUGAAGAGAAUAUUUCGGAGAAGAUGAUGACUGAGGGGAAGAGCCAGACUAUGAUUCAAAGAAUACUCAAUGAAACUGAGUUUAAUAAAUCACUUCCUCUGUCUACUGAUGAUUUAAAAUAUCAGACUCAAUUUUCUGCUACUUCUUAUAACCCCAGAGGCAGAAAGCUCCUUAUCAUCACAAUUGACAUUGGAAAAGGAAGGAAUGAGCAACUAGCGAUCCAUGAAAAUGAUAAUCCUCAAGAAGUAGCUGAAAAGUUCUGAGAAAGACACCAAUAUGAAAGUGGUCUAAAGGAUAUGCUUCAGUACCAAAUUGAGGGUACAAUAUAUGAAGCCAAAUCCAAGCUACUCAAGAAGGAGAGAAGCCAAGGGACUGCUUCUCAACAUGACGAAGCAGAGCUUGAAAUUCCUCUAGAGUUCACUUAUUCAGAAGGAGGCAUAAGGAUUAGUCCUAAAGGAGAGUUUUCAACAGUUCCUGCAGCAACAAAUUCUCAAAAUCUUGAUAGAAAUGAAGUUGAGGAUCAAAAUUCUGAAUUUUUCAGCAAUAAUAUCCAAGAAGGAGAACCCCGCAAGGAGUCCCAAGAGUAUGAAAUUGAAGCUGAAGGAGAAGAGGAAGAAGGUGAGCAUCCAGAAGAAGAAAUUAUUGAAGAACUCGAAGACAACCCAGAAAAUGGCAUCAAUGAAGUUUCUGAAGAAUAUCAAGAUUACUCAGGAAAUAUCCCAGAAUCAGGCAAGAAAUAUAAUGAAGUCGAGAAUACAGGAAAUAUGAGGCUGAAUAUUAAGACCAACACUCCAAUGAAGCCUCACACUAUUAGAGGAGUCGCUCAAAAAUAUCUUGAUAUGAAGAGCAAAUUUAUUCCUGAUAUUAAUGAAACCACAAACAAAAUUGGUACUUUCAGAGUUGGUACUGAAGAUCUUGUGUACAACAGACUUGCAACCGAUGCCAAGCAGAAGAUUAUUACUUCUAAGAAAACCCAGAAACCUGUAGAAAAGAAACCAAAGAUGUCAAAGGCAUUGCAUAAAGACUAUACUCCAGUCAAUUUCGGUGAAAGACUUUACCAAAAGUCGAGGAUUAACAAAGAAAGAAAUAGCAGGUUGUCUAAGCUCGAGCAGAAUAAAAAGAAGAAGGAAGAAGAGAAAUCAUAUCCCUUCAAGCCUGAAAUUAAUGAAGUCUCUCAUAAAUAUUACAAAAGGUCUUAUAAAGUAGUCAUUGCUGACAGCUUAUUGGAGGAACAAUACAAGACAGAAGCUGAUUACGCUAGAGCUAGGGAUGUAAAGGAAGUAACUUUCUACGAAGAACAUACUUUCAACCCUACUAUCAGCAUGAUAAGCCAAGAAAUUAUGAAGAAUAAGAUCCAUGAUAGACCAGCAUCUGUCCAUGAACAGCUUGCUAUGAAGACGCCUUCCAAAUUUAGGCACUUAGAAAAGACAAUGGAGAAGAAAAAGGGAAAUAAGACCAAAGAUAAGCCUCAAAGAAAGUCAACCUACAAAUCUAAUUACAAGGGAAGAUCUAUUGAUGAAAUGGUGUACUCAAAGCAGCAUACAGAACGGGAGAACAAGCAGAAAAGAGAGGAAGAUAACAGCUUUUCUUUCAAGCCUGUCAUCUCCAGAGGCCCUAAGAACCAGACAAAUGAAGAAAUUCCCCUCCAUGACAGACUCAUCUUGGAAGGCACUAGGCUGAACCAAGAAAGAAAUAAGAGAAAGGAAGAGAAUCUGAGGCAAAAGAAACUUGUCAACAUAAAAACAACCUCUGUUGAAAUCUUAGAAAAAAAGAAGAGGUACAUCCUCAUGAACGUUUUUGAAGUCCUUGACGGAAAUAAUGAUGGAUUUAUAUCCAAUGAAAACUGUGAUUUCGACAAGCUCAACCAAGAGCUAAAGGAAUUCUUUGAACCAUUGAUUGAAGAGAUUAAAGAGAGUAAUGUGAGCCUAUCGAAGGAGGACUUCAUCGAAUGCUCACUACAAUUAUACAAAAAGUUGAAUCCCACACAAAGAAGUGCUUUGAUAAAUGCUGGAAGAGUCAAAGACAGAAUUCCAAGGGAGGAAGAGUACGCAUUCACUCCUUAUGUCAGUCAAAGAUCCUCUGAAUUAGCUGUCUCUAUCAGACCAGAGGGUGACACCGUUGAAGACAGACUUCUCUCAGGAGGAUAUGCCAAGAAAAUAGAGCCAAAUCAUUUCAUUGAGGAAGAGUAUUAAUCAACAAUUUAAAAUAAUUUA